UAACUUCUAAACAGUCACCACAGUAUCUGCCUUGCUUCCAUUAUCUUCUCCUCUGUUUAAUGGAAAGCUAAAAGCUGAAGUGUAUGUUGUUUUUAUGUUGAAAGGGUUCAAAUUCUAGUUCAAAACCAAAAUUUCAAGAGAUGAACUUUUCCAAUUGAGUGAAACCAUCACUCCAAACCAACCUUUAAACCAAUGUUCACUAACCCUAAUUUGUGACUUCUAUUUUUUGAUUUUGAGUUUUUGUUUUUCUUCUUACCUGUUUCACAAUCAAAUGCUAAGGUUAAAGCUUACCCUUUGUCUUUCUCACCCUCUUUCGUUUCACAAUUUUCCUCCUUUUCUUCUUUCUUAUCACCUUCAUUCACACUCUCGCCCCUCAUGCUUUCACAAUCCCCAAGAUGCCGUUACCUUGUUCAAUGGCAUGCUUCAAAUGCAUCAACCACCACCCAUCAUUCAGUUUAAUCGCAUUCUAGGAUCACUUAUGAGGAUCAAUCACUACCCUACAGUCAUUUCCCUCUCUAAGCAGAUGGAAUCCAGUGGAAUUAUUCCCACCGUUUGCACUUUAACCAUCCUCAUCAAUUGCUUUUGCCACCUCCAUCAAAUGGCCUCAGCUUUCUCUGUGUUCGGCAAAAUUCUCAAGACGGGUCAUCACCCCAAUACCGUAACCUUCAACACACUCAUCAAUGGUCUCUGUAUCAGUGGUGAGGUCAAGAAAGCACUGAUCUUUCACGACAAUGUGGUAGCUCAGGGAGUUCGGUUGGAUCAAGUUAGUUAUGGAACCUUAAUCAAUGGGUUAUGCAAGAGUGGAGAAACCAGGGUUGCUGUGCAGUUGCUGAGAAAGAUUGAAGGACGUUUGGUCAUGCCUAAUGUGGUAAUGUACAGCUCAAUCAUUGAUAGCCUAUGCAAAGAUAAACUUGUUGCUGAGGCUAAUGAUUUAUACUCUGAAAUGGUUGUCAAGGGAGUUUCUCCCAAUGUCAUCACUUACACUGCUUUAAUGUAUGGUUUCUGCAUUGUGGAUCAAUUACACGAAGCCAUUGAUUUAUUUAGCCAAAUGGUACUGAAAAGCAUCAGCCCGGAUGUGUAUACCUUCAAUGUAUUGGUUGAUGCCUUCUGUAAGGAAGGAAAGUUGAAACAAGCUAAACAUAUGCUGGCUGUGAUGGUGAAAGCUGGUGUAAAACUUAAUGUUAUUACCUAUAAUUCUUUAAUGGAUGGGUAUUAUUUAGUCAAGGAUGUGAAGAGGGCCAAAGAUGUAUUUAACACUAUGACUUUAAGGGGAGUGAUUCCGGAUGUUCGGAGCUACAACAUCAUGAUUAAUGGAUUAUGUAAGAAUAAGAUGGUGGAUGAGGCGGUCAAUAUGUUUGAAGAAAUGCAUCAGAAAAAUAUUGUUCCAAAUACAGUGACUUACAAUUCCGUUAUUGAUGGUUUGUGCAAAUCAGGAAAACUAUCUCAUGUUUGGAAGCUUAUUGAUGAGAUGCAUGAUACUGGUCAACAUGUUGAUGUAGUCACCUACAAUUGUUUGUUACAUGCUUUGUGCAAAAGCCAUCAGGUAGAUAGGGCAAUUGAACUACUCAAAAAAAUUAAAGACAGUGGACUUCAGCCCACUGAGCAUACAUACACAAUACUUAUUGAUGGAUUUUGCAAAGGUGGAAGACUUAAGAGGGCACAAGAGAUUUUCCAGAAUCUUUUGAUUAAAGGAUAUCAUCUAAAUGUCAGGACAUAUAAUGUUAUGAUCAAUGGACUUUGUAAAUGGGGCUUGUUUGGUGAAGCUUUGGCCAUGCUGUCAGAAAUGGAAGAAAGUGGUUGCAACCCUAAUGCUGUAACUUAUGAAACUGUUAUUUGUUAUCUCUUUGAUGAAAAUAAAAAUGAUAUGGCUGAGAAACUUCUUCGUGAAAUGAUUGCUAGAGGCUUAUUGUAGGAUUUAAACUAGGUGAGAUCUUUUUUAGUUUUUGGCCUAAAGUUAAUUGAAUUUUAAUGGCGAUUUUAUCAUAUUAGUGCUUCAGAUAUCAAACCAAGCUGAACGUGUUAUGAUUAUUUGGUAUUGGAAUACGUCAUCUCUUUGAUUUUUAGAUAUGCAGGAUUUGCUAAUGAAUAAAGGAUCAAAGAUUGAAGGAUGGCAUCUAAAAGGCAUGAUGGUUGAGGGCUGAAUUUAUAUAUUCAAUGUAAGGUUAGAUGUGAAAUUUGAACAUUUGUUUACCAAUUUUCUCUCCUUUGUGUCUUUCGUGUAGAGAAUGUUAUAACAUCUAUGUAGAAUGCAAUUUUGAAGAAAUUUAAAAUCCAAUGUCAUAAGAUAUUUCAUUAUAAGAAAUAUGAAAUUUUGGACACUUUAACCAGGUGUUUCUUUUUUUGACAAACAAGUCUUUCUAGAUAAACACUCUCUUGUAUUACUUGUUGUGUAAAUACGUUGAAUAGUACAAGAACUAUUUAUAGACUAUUUUGUCUUGGCUCUUCAACUACAUCCAUUAAAUACAACUACUACCUAAAACAUAAUUAAUGAACUGUAUUGCAUGCCACAAUCAUUACUAAAAGUACUCCUAACCUUUGCAAUCUCCUAAGACACUUAAUUCUACCAACACUACUAAAGGCAACUAGCCACAUUUAAGUUUACCCAACAAAAUCUCCCCAUAAACUUAAAUGUCUUUGUUGUCCUUCAUUCCAAUCACCCUCUUGUUAUUUUCGAAUAGAGUGGUCGAUAAUGGCUUCAUGAACAUAUCAGUAGCUUGUUCUCGACUUCCUAUGUGCUCUAACGCCAUGUUUCCUUCUUUCACUUGUUCUUAGAUGAAGUGAAACUGAACAUCAAUAUGCUUGCGUCUCUCAUUAUUUAUUGGGUUCUUCGCCAUUUUAGUGGUUGAUUUGUUAUCAACUCGAAUCACAGUCCCCUUUUCCUGCUUCAUCUCUAGCUUACUUAGCUUUAUGAGCAAACAAUAUGGCAGACACUCUUGGAUGCUGCAACAACUCGGCUUCGCAAGUUGGCAACAUUACAAUGGGAUGCUUCUUUGAAAGCCAGGUGAACACUAUGUUUCCCAUAAAGAAUACAUAUCUAGGUGUGCUUUUCUGGUCAUCAACAUCUCGACACCCGUUGAGUAGCCAACUAGUCGGUAAUUAUUGGUCCUUGUAUACAUCAAGUUUAGUGACACUGUUCCUCUCACAUACCUUAAAAUUCGCUUUAGUUCCAAUGAGUAUACUUCGGCUCCUGCACAUAUCGACUUGUUAUUCAAACACUUAGACUUUGUUCACUUGAAUGGAUUUGGGGGAUAGUGAUUGAAUGGAUUUGAGAGGAUUUGAAAGUAAAUUUUGUUGUUGUUUAUUUGAGUGGAUUUGGAGGUAAAUGAGAGUGGAUUUGGAAGUAAAGUUUGUGAGAAUUAGUGUAAGAUUUGAUUGAUGUGACAUAUUAAAAAAAUUUACUUCCAAAUCCACUCUUACUUACCUCCAAAUCCACUCAACUAAACAAAAAAAAAAUUUAACUUCAAAUCCUCUCAAAUCCAUUCAAUCACUCUCUCCCAAAUCCAUUCAAGUAAACAAGGGCUUAGCAUUGAAUUGGUCUUGUAUUUGUAAGAUGCCUAAGACUUUUAAUCAAACUUCGGUAUUUUCUUGCAUCAACUCGGUCUUGCUCACUAUAUUUUGAAAGCUUUGUGCCUGGUUCCAUUGGGGUGGAAACCGGGUUGCAACUUGACAUUUUAAACUUCUUCAAGACCUCUUCGACAUAUCUUUCAUCUAGUCUUCUUAUGUAUAAAGCAAUCCUUCACGAAAUGCUCGACCUUGCCACAAUUGUAGCACUUGUUUGACUUGCAGUCUUUUGUGCAAUGGCCAUACUUUCCACAAUUAAAGCACUCUAUGCUUGAGUUGCUUGACCGACCUCCUCUCCCCGACCUCAACCUUGGCCAUGCCAAUUUUCUUGACCAAAUUGUUCUUUACCUUUUUCAUAUCCUCCUCUACCUCUACCACCAUGACCUUGAGUGUUUUUUUGUAUAAGGUGCCUUCUUCUCUUUUAUGGUUUCCUUUGCCGAAAGUGCUUGAUUGAGAGACUCUUCCUUCUUCUUCCUUCUCUACUGCUCAUGCGCCUCAAGUGACCUAACAAAGUCUUCAAUUGAGAGCAUCGAUAGGUCCUUAUAUUAGUGGGCAGUGUUUCUCCAUUCCUUUCAAGUGGGUUCAUCAUGUCUCAGCCCGAGAGACGUACAAGGCCACUCCUUCAACCUCUUUCAUCAUCAUGCUUUCAAGCUCGCCUUUGAGAGUUUGAAGUCUGACCUACUUUAUACAAUUAUCCCCUUUAUAAGCUUUCUCUAAUAUAUCCCACGCUUCUUUUGAAGAUUUAGCAUUUGCUAUGUUCUCAAAGUUGGACUCAUGGACAACUCGGUACAACACGUACAUGGAUGCUUUGUCCUUCACUUGCAAUGCUUUCAACGCAACAAGUUAGGCAAUCGUCUAUUCUUCAAUGUCUAACGAUUCUUGUGCCCAUUUUCAACUACUUUCCAUACUUCUUGGAAAUCAAGGAGGGCCUUCGUCUAUAAACUUCAGUUGUCAUAGUUGAUGACUUUUGUUAACUUAGGCAAGUGCAUAUUGUUUGCAAGGUUGGUCAUCUCGCUCAAACUCUCAAACACUUUUUCUUAAGCACUUAGAUACUCAGGCUCUCUAGCUCUGAUGCCAAUUUGUUGACAAACAAGUCUUUCUGGAUAAAAACUCUCUUGUAUUACUUAUUGUGUAAAUACAUUGAGUUGUACAAGAACUAUUUAUAGACCCUUUUGUCUUGGCCCUUCAACUACAUCCAUUAAAUACAACUACUGCCUAAACAAUAAAUUAAUGAACUCUAUUGCACGUCACAAUCAUUAUUAGAAGCACUCCUAACUUUUGCAAUCUCCUAAGAUACUUAAUUCUACCAACACUAUUAAAUGUAACUACCCACAUUUAAGUUUACCCAACACUUUUAACCAAAAUGAAGCAUUGCUGAUAUAAAGGACAUUUUAGAACUCCUUGUCUUUUCUUCUUAAAACGAAACCCAACUUCAACUUUUGCCUUCUCUGCAUGAAUCCAUCUUUACUGUGCUUGCAAUAGUAACCUUGAACUCAAACCAUGGACACAAUUAAAUGUGAGGGAUUUCCUGCUGAAUUAUACUUUGGUAUGUGAGUUCUUCUCGAUGGUUUUGAUGAAUAAAAGUUUAAAAGCACCCAUUUUAGGAUUCUCCAGACUUGCUUGUAUACCUAUAAUUAACAUUUGACCUAUCAUGUGUAUUACUUGUAAACUUCUUUGUUUUUUUCUCUUUACAUUCUUAUUGCCGAUUUUUUAAUGAUUUGGAAUCAGUAGUUUAGGUUGAUGCUUUGAAUAUAGUCACUUUGUAAAUAUCCCAUGAUAUAGUGUAUAGUCGAUUAAGGACUGUGUUUUUUCCAAAGAAGAGAAUGAUAAGGCCGAGAAACUUAUUCAAAUGAUUACUGGGAGCUAUUCUAGUUUAACAUAAAAAGAUGGACUAUGUAUUGGGUUCAUUGUCACUUUAUUUUCAUCGAAAGUCAUGUAUGUUAUUAAGUUCAUUCUCUAAUUGUGAUGAUAUUCAUGGUCGUUUUUUGUGAUUCUACUUCAUUAUUCUUUUUUCUCAAUGUACCAUUGUUCUGCUUCAUCUGGUUUCAAGGUUUCAAGAAAUUUUCAGUCGCUGCUCAUUGUAUUUAAAUAUCAACCACUGAAUUGAACAUGAUACUUGAAAUGCUUCAUUUCUUAGUGUUUCAGAUUUGUAUAACUUUUUAAUGAAGGGUCAAUGAAGGAUAAUAUUCGAAGGGGAAGAUUAGCAUUUGAAGUUAAGUGCGGUUAACAAGCAUGUUGUCAUCAUACCAAGUAUAGCUAUACCUGUGCUUACAGAAGAAGAAUGUUCAAGAUACCAUGUCAGAAGUUCUUCACCACAAGCAUCUCCUUCAGACAAGGGAACUCCAACUCCGUCUUCUCCAAUGCUCUCCAAUUUUCCGCGCACAAUAAAGAUCAUCUUCUCAAUUAGACAACCUUGGGUCAAAAUUAAACUUCCUUUUAUGUAUGUCUUCUGUCUCAGUCUCUCACAGACGGCAUCCAAGAUAGGUUCAUCCAUCAGAGUGAAAAUUCGGACCUACCAACAUUUUGGAUCCUCAGAUCUUCUGGUAAACGACGAUGCCUCAUCCAUUGCUCAACAUCGCGGCCUCUGAGUUGCAUUUCUAGCCUUCUGCAAGUGUAGGUAUUAUACUACAAUUGGCAAGACAUCAAAUUAUU